AUGACAGCAAUGGUGAAAGCGCAGUUUAUGUUGGAUGGAUUUUGCUGCGCAAACGACCGAGUUUGCAAAACUAAGCUCGCCACGGCAGGAACGCUUAGCACGGGGGAUUUAUCUACCAAGCUCUCCAGCAAACGCUCUGCCUCAGUACCCUGCAUGCCGAGCACUGCCGUCUCUGACGUGGAGCAGUUUGGUCCAACAUCAGAGCCGUUCUGUAAUCAUCCCGAUAUCUCAUCGGUGAGAGGCGAGAAAUCUCAGCUUAAAUGCAGGAGGGUUUUGAUUUUGGACCAAGGCGAAAACGAGAAUCUCGCUAACGAAACUGUCUUAGGGUUCACAUUUGCAGCGUGA